AUGGAUCGUACUAAAAACAAAAUUCUCCACAGCAUCCACGAAGAGAUGGUCAAAGGUACGUUCAAUGACCUUGACAUUGUCUGUGAGAAUGGAACAACGAGUGCAAACCGCUUGGUCCUGGCCGCGAUGUCAUCUUACUUCAGGGCAAUGUUAACAUCAGACAUGACAGAGAGUCGGACGGGCGUCUUAAAUCUGCCUACUGUCUCGGUGUCAGUGUUCCGGGAUAUUCUGAAGAUGUCUUUGUGUUCAGUGGAUCUUGUAAACGAAGACAACUGCAUCCCGAUUUUAGAUGCAAGCGAGAUGAUGCAGCUUGAUGACGUCAAAGAUCUGUGUCAUCGUUACCUUAAGGAAGGUCUCGUGCUCAAGACUGAUAACUGUCUACACUGGUGGAGACUUAUGAACCACUACAAUGUUCCUGAUUUGUCCAACAGAGCAGUCUCUUAUCUGACAGAAAACUUGACCGACUUUGUUGAAACAGAAAACAUUGUUCAUUUGUCAAAGACAGAACUCUUAGAAAUAUUGUCUAAGGAUGACGUGAAAUGUACAGAAGACGUAAUUAUGAAAGGUGUCAUGAAGUGGCUUGAAACAAAUAACCCGGACACAGGUGAUGUACAACAUAUCUUUGAAAAGAUCAGGAUCGAACUUAUUGAUUUAAAACUCCUCGUUAAGAAUGUGGUAUUUUCAAAAUUCAUUCUAGAAAAUAGUUCGGUUCAGCAAAUGAUUACGGAUGCAACACAGUUACAAGAUCUGAUAACAGGUUCUAAGAGCAGAUUUCGUUAUAGACGUGGAAAUCUUUUUGUGUUGCACUACAAUAAAUCGUCACUUCUGUCUUGUUUUACAUCAGAAGAGACAUGGGAAGACGUUCCAGCUGCUCCAGUAGAUCCUGGAUGGAGGUAUUCAGCAGCAAGCCUAGGUAACAAGAUCUACAUCACUGGUGGUAAGACUAGAAGAAAAUGUACACUCAUUUACGACGUCUGUAUGAGAGAAUGGGAAACUGGCCCACAUCUCGAAGAACAACGUUAUUAUCACUGCAUGGCCACAGCUAAUUCUAAAGUGUAUACAAUUGGUGGCGAGAACAGCAACAUGAUUGAAGAGAUGAGCGAGAGUGACACACGAUGGCAGAUUGUUGGAGAUUUGAAAAUAAAAAGAGAGCUUGGAUUCGCUGCUACAGUUGGACAAAACAUUCUGGUGAUGGGCGGAGGGAGUGGAGACAGUGGAUUAGAUGUUAUCCAGUGUUUCAAUACAGAAACUCGUUGUGUCUCUGACCUUAGCUUCCAUUUACCAUACAGAUCAGUGGUUCUCAGAGGUUCUAUCCACUUACCGGAUUUAUAUCUACUGGACUAUGAUGGAAAUGUGAUGCAUGUUCAGGUCAUUGACAGUGGUGACGAAAUUGAGAUCCAAGCCAGGUCAACAGCAAAAUGGGAAUCGUUUGGAUAUCGUUUUGGCAUAUUAUGGCACAACGGAAGUCUAUUGUCCUUCAGUGGUGUGGACUCUAACUGUAAAAUUAGAAAAUACAACCUGGCUGAAAGAAAAGAAGAAAAUGUAACUUUCCCAGAAUCACCGAGAAGUGGUACUGUGUUUGGUGUUCUGCCAGUGUAUCAUAAAAUAUGA